AGAAGCAGGUAUCAGCUCUCACCACUUCUUCUUUCACUCCGUACCCUUUUGGUAGGAAAUUGUUCAACAUGGGGAUUCGAUAUGUUUGGUUGGCGGUGUGUUUAUGUGCUCUUUUACCCUCUAUGUUUGAUGCUUCCUCUGAUGGGUUACUGAGAAUCAACAUCAAGAAACGGCCUUUGGAUGUUAAUAGCAUUAAAGCUGCUAGAAAAGAUGGCAAAUAUGGAAACGGUCUCAAGACCACCCCACUUGGUUUGGGUGAUUCUAGUGUGGAUUUUGUCCCCUUAACCAACUACUUGGAUGCCCAAUACUAUGGAGAGAUCGGUAUUGGUUCUCCACCCCAAACAUUCACAGUCAUAUUUGAUACCGGCAGUUCGAAUCUUUGGGUUCCAUCAUCCAAAUGCAUAUUCUCUAUUGCUUGCUACUUCCAUCACCGGUUUAAGGGAACACAAUCAAGUACUUACACGAAAAUUGGGGAUGCUUUGCAAAUAAGUUAUGGAUCUGGUACAAUUUCUGGAUUCUCCAGUAAAGAUGCUGUUCAAGUUGGAGAUCUUUGUAUCGAAGAUCAAGAUUUCAUUGAAGUUACUAAAGAAGGAAGUCUUUCGUUUGUAUUGGGCAAAUUUGAUGGAAUUUUGGGACUUGGGUUCAAGGAAAUUUCAGUCGGCGAUUUGCAGCCAGUCUGGUAUAAUAUGAUAGACCAAGGCCUUGUAAAAGAACAAGUGUUCUCUUUUUGGCUUAACCGUAAUGAAGAUGAUGAAGAAGGUGGUGAGCUUGUCUUUGGUGGUGUUGACCCAAGUCACUUCAUAGGGGAGCACUCAUACGUUCCUGUGACUAAAAAGGGUUACUGGCAGUUCAAUAUGGGGGAUUUCCUUAUUGGCAAUCAAUCUACAGGAUUCUGUGAGGGUGGUUGUGCUGCUAUUGUGGAUUCUGGAACGUCAUUGCUCGCUGGUCCAACAACUAUUGUGACGGAGAUCAACUAUGCAAUUGGGGCUGAAGGAGUACUGAGCAGUGAAUGCAAGACACUUGUUACUGAAUACGGGGAUAUGAUUUGGGAUCUCCUAGUAUCUGGGGUGACGCCCGGAAAAGUUUGUUCACAGGCUGGUUUAUGUUUCUCCAACGGAGCUCAGUCUGUCAGUUCAAACAUAAAAACAGUGGUUGAAGAAGAGAAUCGGGGACUUCAGGAUACGGUGUAUUGUGAAGUGUGUGAAAUGGCUGUUAUUUGGAUGCAAAACCAGCUGCGACAAAAGGAGACCAAGGAAGUCGUGCUAGAUUACGUGAAUAAGCUUUGUGAGAGCAUACCAAGCCCUGCUGGAGAAUCAGUCAUCGAUUGCAAUAGUCUCUCUAAGAUGCCGAAUGUUUCGUUCACCAUUGGCGAAAAGCUCUACACCCUCACUCCAGAACAGUAUAUUCUGAAAACUGGAGAAGGCAUUGCUGCUGUCUGCAUUAGCGGUUUCAUGGCGUUGGAUGUUCCACCUCCAGCAGGUCCUCUAUGGAUUCUUGGAGAUGUGUUCAUGGGUGUUUACCACACGGUGUUUGACUACGGAAAUCUGCAGCUGGGGUUUGCCAAAUCGGCGUAAUUUAGUAGCUGAUUAGCACAAAAACUGAAGGCUCAUGUAAAUAAAUGGAUCGAUGGAUGGAUGUAUGUUUAUUGUAAUGUUUGAACUGUGACGUGUGUCCUGGUAUCGAACAUGCUGUUAGGAGGUUGUAUGCUAUUUGCUGGACUCGUGGUCCUCCAUGGUCUCAUACUGGUAAAUUAGUACUCUAAACAUGUCCUUGAGAAAAAUGAUCGUGGUUCCUUUGUUUAUCCUUGAUCAAUAUCUGCUAGCAGGUGCAUAUGCAAUUAUGAAGAAC